AUGCUUACUACAGCAUUAUAUCCUAGAUGUACAAGAUUUAUUAAUCAUUUUUCGAUUUCUAUUAUUGCAAAUCGUUCCCUAUCAACAACAAAUGAUACAAUACCAUCACCAUUAAAUGAUAAUACUGAAUCUAAUACAGAUAUAAAUAGAAAUGUUUCACGUUUACCUGAUGAUGUCUAUCGACAUUUUAAAGGUUUACCACCAUUAGAAAUUAAAGAACAAUAUCAUACAAGAACAAAAUUACGUACACUAUGGGGUAAAUAUGGUCGUAAAACAGGUAUAGAUCCUAAACUUUGUUGGCCAACACAAACUGAAAUGAAUGAAAUUAUGGAUGAUGAACGUGUAUAUAAUAUGGAAUUAAAUGAGAAAUUAAAAAUAGUUAAAGAACGACGUGAAGCCAAACAAAAAGAAAUUGAUCAAAUUCAAGUAAAAGUUGAGAAGAAUCUUAAAAAUAUGCCUAAAAUGGUUGAAGAUUAUCGUAAACGAACAAUUGAACGUGAACGUGCUAAAAAAGCUGAAGUGAAAGUUAAAAGUGAUUUAGCUGAACAAGCACGUGAUUUUUAUGGAUUUUCAGUUGAUCCUGAUGAUGAACGGAUGCAGUUUAUGUUAUUACAAUUAGAAGAAGCACAAAAAACUGAAGAAAAGAAAGCACGUAAAGCAGCUAAGAAAUUAGAAGCACAUCAACAAUUACAAAAACUAAUGGGUAUAUCAUCAACAGCAGAAGUUACAAGCGAAGGAGAUGCACCUGCAACACCAAUUGAUCCAUUAGCACCAAUACCAGAUGCAAAAGAUAAAGAAACUGAUAUGAAAUUAUUUGCUAAACUUGUUUCUGAACGUAGUAAAUUAGCUAAAGCAGCAUCGAGAAUAGCUGAAGAAAAUGCGACUGGUCAAACGAAAGGCCAAAAGAAAAAAUAG